AUUAUAUUGUUUAGGAGUCAAUCAUUGACAAUUAUAAAUGUAUAUUUUUAAGAAAAUAUGAAAUAAUAUGAACUAUAAUAUAAUUUUACAAAUAUAGGGUAAAAUAUAAUUUGUUAACACGUAUUUUUAUCUCAUAAAUAUUUUUCCUUGACCAUGGCCCUUCUAAACAACCUUAUCAAAACCAAUUUAAUCAUGAACAACAUGUCCAAAUUAAUUCACACCACAUCAGUAAAUAAUGAGGUACAAAAAUUGACCAGGCUAAGAGUAGUAGACAAUAGCGAAAUAGGUAAACGAGCUAUGGCUGAAGGCAAACCACCUAGGAUUAUUCAUGUAUACAGCAAACUUCGGAAAGGAUACAUAGGAGACCGGGUCCUAGUAGCAAUUAAAGGUGAAAAGAAGAAAGGAAUCUUAGUAGGACUUAAACAAAAUCAGAAACCUAAAAUACCGAAAUUUGAUAGCAAUAAUGUUGUAUUGAUCGAUGAUAGUGGAACUCCACUGGGGACUAGAAUUCAUGUGCCAAUUCCACAUAUUUUGAGGACUAUUCUGAAGGAAAGAACACAAGCGAAAGGAGCGGAUUAUACUAAAUUAUUGGCAAUUGCUACAAGAUUUAUAUAGUUUUCUUUAUGUUAUAGUAGUAUUUAU